AUGGAGCGUAAGAAAACAAUAGGACGCCGAAAAAUUCCAUUGGUGAGGAUAGAAAAAAAUGCUAAUCGAUAUUCCACAUUCUCUAAACGACGUUCCGACUUAUAUAAAAAAGCUAGCAAACUCGUUAGAGAAAAUGAUGUAGAUCUUGGAAUCUUUCUAUCUUCACCAGCUGAUAAAGUAUAUGCUUUUGUCCACCCAACACAAAAUGCAAUCAUUGAUCGUUUUAUGAAUUUGAAAACAGAUUUAGGUGAACAAAUUGUUGCUGAAAAUUCACAAAGUGAAUCAAUUAAUGAUAGGCUAAAUGAACUUGAUGAAAGAGAAGAAGUUGCAAAAGAGAAAUUCCUUUUCUUAUCCCAAAGGAAUAAGACUAGAGAUAAAGGUCGAUGGGAGUCCAUUGAUCAUUUAAAUGCAGAUGAUGUAAUGAAGUUUCAAGCUUGGUUGGAUAGUGGAGAAAUUUUGUUGAAGGAUCAAUUAGCUGAAGCUUCGUCCUCCUCAUAA